AUGGCCUCGCCGACCAAUGCCGAGGCCAUCGAGAGCCUCAUCGCCAAACCCGGAGCCUUGCCGCCGGGCACUACCGCUGCUUUUCUCGAACAGAGUAUUGAUACGCCCUCGAUCAUCGGCAUCCUUUUCGUCGCCUCGCUUGUACUGGCCAUCUGCUUGCUGCGUUACUUUGCCCGUUGCUAUGUCGGCAGGCGAUUUGGCCUCGACGACUACUUGGCCUUGGUGGGCCUGGUAUGCCUCUCCUUCGCUCGUUGCCUGCCCUUUGCGUCUGCUCACCAGUCUUCUGUCCCACAGGCUCUAUUAUCUGCCUUCACUGCGCUCAGCAUAGUCCUCAUCCAUCUGGGCUCGGGUCGCCAUUUCGUCUACAUCGAAUACUUUCUCAGCAACGCUCAGCUAAACAAGACCGAGAUACUUGACUUUGCCGCUCAUAUCAUCUACACCACCGCACUCCUCAUCUGCCGCCUCUCGGGCCUGGCCUUGUACGCCCGCAUUACACAGGAUGCUGUGUUCAUGACGCGCGCUGCUCGUGCCGCCGCGGCGUUCAUGAUUGCUACCUAUCUGGUCCAGCUCUUCCUCCUCAUUUUCCACUGUGUGCCCGUUACUGGAACAUGGCCCUACUCCUUCCAACCCACAUUCGACGACUACAAGUGCCUUCAAUGGGGUACUGUUUACGUCACCAAUUCUGCCAUUUCCCUCAUCUGCGAUCUAAUACUUUUCCUCAUCCCAUCUGCCAUCAUCGCUCGACUGCAGGUCACUCGGAUACGGAAGGUCAAACUCUGUCUGAUUCUUAUGCCCGGCGUCCUUGUAAUCGCCAUAACUAUCGCUCGCAUCUAUCUUGUGGUCACUAGUCAGUGGAACCCGGAUGAAUCAUGGGACUACGACAUCCUGCUCGCUGUCGAGGUCUCGGAGAUCGGAUCCACCCUUAUAGCUCUUUCUAUUCCAGCACUGAAGCCAUUUCUUGACAAGAUCUUGGCCUCUUUCCGUGGCUUUACCUCGACAUCUGGGGCUGAGGCAAACCUUCACAGCUCAGCCCGACCGCGUACCAGAUCUGAAGAACAUCCGUUGGAGCUGGAGGAACGCAGCCUAGCUGGGGGCAACCAGUGGGUCACAUCUGAACCGGGCGACGAGGAGUUUGUCUUGUCAGGAAAGCUGUCUGGGACAAGAGGCACUUCGAGUAAAACCAGUACGGAAGAUAUGACUUCUGCCCAAAUUCCAUACAACACUUGA